UGGUCUCAUCAGAACGGAGGACCCACCACAAAUGGAUGAUAUAGCCAGCGAUACAUACCUCUCUACUCCGAACGAGUUUGCGAGUUGCAUUCGACUCAUAACGGGAUGGAUUUCUGGCGGACUGUGAAUAUGACUCUCCCACUAGUUACCUCCCAACCAUUCCCAUUUCCCUUUCUCGCUAUCUUCCAUCUAUGCCAAUUUUUUUGUUUUGUUUUCAUCUAUCUUGUAUGCGUACGAAUAUUGAUUUUAUGCUUCUUGGGACGCUCUGGUGGAAGAUUCUGGAAGCACAUCACGUAAACACUGUCUGUACGACGAGCACAAAGGAAUAUAUCUAUACUUCUUACUGUCACUUUGUCUUCUUACCUCGUCCAGCUCUCAAGAUCACAUUGCCUUUCAAUAUCACUCAUGAAUUUGUCUCGACCCGUCAUGGUUACCUUCACUGCCGCCUCAGAGGCGCCUCGUCAAAUGCUUCCUACGCAUUCAUCGAUGUCCCUGCAGACCAUUCUGACAUGCCAGGUGGUGGCACCAUCUUUAGAUACAAGGAUUUUGAUGGUGUCGUUUACAGGGAAAUUUUCAAUCCUCGAGAUCCCGCUGCCUCAAGUGGGCUCCCACGGUACUCGCCUCUUUGUACGGUGGUGCCGACAUUGGGCCAACCGACCACCAUAGUCAAAUCAAGAGACUUGCUAAUGUUAAAGUAUCUUGGGUAUGCCACUACCGAGCAGCCUAGAUAUCUAGAAGAUAUACCGAGAUGCCGUUACGUCCGAAUUUCCGCUCACCCCGCUCAACGGGGCGAGGAUGAGAUUAAGUGCAUCACUUUGAAUUCAUCGAUCACUUGCCUUGUCUCCGAUGAUCAACAUGCAACAGUAAAGGGGACAUGACGAUGAAUCUACAAUUCCUAUCGCAAAACGCCUGUGAUUUGCCGAACCUCUUCUUCGUCGAUACAAAGCUCUUCUCGCGGACGACGAGGAAAAAAUAAAUUGGUGUACACUAUUUUAAGUCGACAUAAGC